AUGGUGGAUGCUGACUACAAGUUCACCUACAUUGACGUCUUAGGCAAUGGCUCAUCCUCAGACGCUCAGAUCUACAAUGAAAGUGAUCUCCAUCUGGACCAGAACAGGAUGCAUGCCUUUCCUCAGCCAGACCACCUACCGAAUGACAAUCAGAAUGUGCCUUACUUCAUCAUCGGAGAUGACGCAUUCUCACUGCGGACCUACCUCAUGAAACCGUACAAAACCAGAAAGCUCACCCAUGAAGAGCGCAUCUUCAACUACCGGCUGUCCAGGGCAAGCCGGGUCGUGGAGAACGCAUUCGGCAUCCUGGCCAACAGGUUCCAGAUUCUGCUCACCACCAUGCAACAUCACCAUGAAACUGUCAGAACCAUCGUGGAAGCUUGCUGCAUCCUCCACAACCUGAUACGCACCCGCUAUCCAGUGCUCCAGAACAGACUUGUGGACCGUGCACAACCAGAUGGCAACCUGCAGCCUGGGGCAUGGAGAGAAGGACGGAACUUGGAGGACACUAUCGUCGUGCAAGGCCCAAACACAGCCUCGCGUAAUGGGAAGAGGCAGCGUAACCUACUCAAGCAUUGGUGCAACACCCCUGCAGGAUCAGUGGACUGGCAGGAAAGAAUGGUGGCUAUGAACUGA